CAACAGACCCACAAGUAUUAUUUCUUGUUGGCAGUCGACAUGAGAAAACGGAUUAUGCACGACACUUAUCAAAAAAAUUUCCAGUUAUCCAUGUUGAACAUUCACCUGAAAAAGCAUCGUUGGCUUGUGAAAUAAAACCAUUUGCGUUACAUGAUAAAACUGGUUUUGAUAUUGGUAUAAAAUUUCAUUAUAUUGAAUUAUUAUCGUUAGAAAUUGAUCAGGUAUCAGCAAAAAUGAUGAUUGUGCAAUCAUUAUUAGCUGAAUGGUGUACAUUAAUGUGUGAUCUGACACACGCUAUACGUCGCUCAUAUUUAUUUCAAGAAUUUAUACCAAUGAAAUUAAUGUUCAAGCAAGAAUCUGAUCAAAUAAUAGAGAUUUUAGAUAAAAUUAUUGAAUAUUUGUUAACAAAUGAUAUAGCUCCUCUUAUUCGAUUGUAUGGUAGUUAUACAAAUACAUAUCAUUAUACAUUAAGUAUUCUAAAAUCAAAUCCAUUUUUAAGACAAUUUCUAUUGUGCGACACGUUUGAAAAGGUUAGUAGAAAAUAUGCUUACCGAUAUUUUAGACUACUUCUACUAAAUUCACACAUAAGCAGGGCUUUCGAAUAAUAAAGCUUUUGAUUACUCCAUAAUGUUUUUAACUGCAUGAAACAUUAAGUCACACACACUUAUAUAGUCCAACUUAUUUGUUCUCCU